AUGGCAACUAGCAGAUUGGAGUCAGACCGCUACGGCGUUCCCCAAUAUGCCGGAGCCUCUGACCAGUUCGAAGAGUACAAGGAGAGAGCAUGGGAUCUUUGGUAUGGCAGAGCUGGCCAAGAUGCUUUGCAGAGUUCCACACCUGUUCACCUCCGAGCAGGACUGUCUAGUUCAGCUUGGGAAGCCGUUAGAAAGCUAGAACACACGAAGCUGAUAACCAAAGAUGCAGAAGGAAAACCAACCACUGAAGGCACGGACUUGCUUUUAGAAACGUUGAAAUCAGCCAUAGCUGAUGAAGUGCCAGUGAAAAUCAACGAGUUGUUUUUGCAAGCCUUUUACAGCCCCAGUGUUUGGAGGCGACCUUCCGAAAACAUGCAAGCCUAUAUUGUUAGGCGUGAGCAGGACUCCCGCAAACUUGAGGAGUCAAGCCCUGGAACUAAGGUAUCAGAAAAUCUCCGAGCGAUGAUGCUGCUGAUUUUUGGUGGACUUGACCCGAAAGAGCAAGUUUCUGUCCUGAGCUCCGUCAACAAUGAGUAUGACUUCGGCAAGAUCAGCCAUGCGAUGCGGAUUCAGUUUCCGAAUGCAGCUGGUAAGGCAGUUCAGAGAAAGGACUACCUUGGUGCUUCAGCUCGAGGCCAUGCCCCAUCUUCCUCGAGUUCCUUGCUGUUCAGAAAGCCGAGAUGGAAAUCUGGUGGCAAGCAACACGCCUUUGCAGCUGAAGACUAUGAGAUGGAAGAUGAAGAGACCGCUGAAGACACCUACUACCAGAAUGAUGAUGAUGAGCAGCCGGGCGAUGACGCUGAUGAAGCCUGGGCUGCAGCCUCUGAUGAUGAGCUGGUGGAUGCCUUCAUAGCCGAGUACCCUGAUGACCCUGAAGGUGAUCAGUCGCUUGCCGAGGCCUAUGCGACUGUCCUCCAACACAAGCAGUUCAAGAAGAAGAUGGGUGGAGGAAAAGGGAAAGGCGGUGGAGGUGGAAGAUUCAACUUCAAGGGCUCUGGCGAGGUGACCUUCGACGCCAAGGCCAAGGAGAACAGGCGACAAGCCGUGCAGUUUCUCAAGUCAGUGACGCCUUGCACUUCCUGUGGACAACGUGGACAUUGGAAUGGAGAUGACAUCUGCCCCAAUGCCAAGAAGUCGUCCAAGGGUAAAUCCAAGAAGAAGCCUUCGACGCCGAGCUCACCGAAGAAGAAGCCUGCGACCAACCUUUUCGUUUUGCAUGAUUCUUUGGAGUCUGCGGAUGAGAAGACCCAGUUCAUGUGCCUUCCCAACAAGCUGCCCAACAAUGACGUUGCAAAGAAUGUCAAGACUUCCGAGUUUGACCUUGCUCUCAAGAAUGACCUGUGCCUUGGGAAUGACAUGCCUCCCAAGUAUGACCAGGUGCCUGCGAAUGACAUCGCUCCUGUGAAUGACAUGGCCCAUGAGUAUGACUUGGUCCCAAAGACCAUUGCAGCCCAUGUCACCAACGAGCCCAAUGCGUAUGCGGACGAAGCGUCCAAAGCCUCUGAUGCCACUUUUGUCAAUGACCGCACAGUCCUCUUUGAGUCAGAGGGUGGCAACAAUUCAGAUGGCAGUUUCACUACUCCCUUUUCGUUUUCAUCAGUGCAUGAGGUGCUGAUGGUGCUGAAAGAUACAACCCUGUGCGAGCAUAGUAGUUUUCAUGGUGGAGAUGAGCGCCAAUUCCACCGUGGCGCAAAUGGAUACUCACGCUUUGUGACGUGCAAGGAAGACUCUUGCGACAAGACCGUCAUCAAGGCCAAGCGCAAAACACCUCACGAGCUCUGGAGCUACUUGGUCCAGAUCGCCUUGUGCACCAAGUGGGGACAAGCUGCCAGGUCCCGAGCUUUGUUCAACAACGUCUGCAAAGUUCGAAGUGAAGCUGAUGAAGAACGACGUGGUCUUCGCCUUCCUCUUUCAGAUGAUGGCCGAUCAGUUUCUUUGCCUGGUAUGCCAAGGUCUUCGGCCGCAAUGACUUCAAGAAAGACGCCUUCUGAAGCUCAAGUACCUGGAUGGGAUGUCGUCAGUGAAGCUCCCUCGAGCGCUUCUGGCUAUGGUGCUCCACGGGUGGCCAAGAUUGUCCGUGAGCAAGAACCAGUUUGCUGGAUCUACGGCAUCAAGCUUUCCAUGAACCAGGACUUGCCUGCGUUUCCAACGCUGGAUGACUCAGACCUUGAUGUGCUGCAGCCUCUGCCUUCAGAUGCCUCCUUGCUUGGCUCUGGAACACCCUAUGAAGGACUGCAGUAUGACCAAGUUGCGUCCUCAGCAGAGUCUGCAUGGUACUGUGCCCAAGUGUUGGACUAUGUUUUGGAUGGCCGAAAUGCUCUCCAUCCAGAAAUCUACCGUUUUGCCUUUUACCUGUUUGGCCGGGUGAAGUUGGUCCACAGCGCUGGCAUGAGAUGUAUCAAGUCAGGUGCUGCACGUCCUGACAAGCGACCUGCAAACCCUGAUGACAUGGUGGCAAACCGCCACAUCCGAGUUCCACUUCAGCAUGAUCCCAACCACCCUGAGAUCAUGCAACUUCAUGACUGUGAAGUGAUGAUGGUUGAAAUGCCCGAUGACAAUGAUGCAAUUGCCCAAGCCUAUGUGGCUUCCGAUGCUGAUUCUCCUGGACUUGCAAUCCUCGACAGUGGGUGCACUCGCACCAUGCACGGCAAGCAAUGGGCCGAGAACUUUGAAGCUGCACUUGCCUCCUUUGGACUUUCGCCCAAAAGCAGAGUCAAGAACCAACUCUUUGCUGGGGUUGGAGGUCAAGUUGCCAGCACCACUGUCAAGGUCUUUCCCAUCGGCAUCCAAGGAACCCAUGGCGAGAUCCACUCAGCCGAAACACCUGGAGCAACACCACUCCUUCUCUCACGCCCUUUCAUGGAAGAACUGGGUACGGUUUUGGAUUUGGGCAAGGGCACGGUUUCCUUCACCAAGAUCGGCGUUUUGGACUUGCCGCUGAUCAAAACCUCACGUGGACAUCUAGCAAUCAGUUUUCUGGACUUCAAUUUGGAGAAGUUAGAUGAUUUCACCACUGAGGAUGCUCAUGAAGGAUACCUCCAAGAUGAAGUUCCCGAAGAUUAUGUUCAUGAUCCCAUGUUGGAUCGACCUCCUGGCGUCAAUCCUGAUGAUUGGCUUGACCAGCAGUAUGAACUGGAGUUCUUGCGUGCCGAGGCAGCCAACUGUGAUCAAGUUUUAACUGAGAUCGCUGCCGACCGAGAAGCACGUGCUGCUGCUCAAGGGCUUCAUGCUGCCCAAGAUGAUGGCCCAACUUGCGAGGAUGCGUUGCUGUUUGAGUCCCUCAUGCAAGAGCAGCCCAACACCAUCCGGAAGGCCACUCACAAGAAGGCCAAGAAACUCCAUGCAAUGUCCAAUAACGUUUACGGCGAUGAUUGGCGUUUCUUCCGGGUGUUGGCCGGCAAGACUCCAGCUCCGAAGUCACCUCCCUAUGGAAAGUGCUGGAUGAAACAGCUCUUUGCAGGACAAAUGGGUUUGACUCUCCUGCUUGUGGCAUAUGGACUUUCGGUUGGAGUGCCUUUGGACUUUAGCACUUCCAGCUGGGAUGCCACUACCAAGGAUGGACUUCGGCGCCUCAACCAUGACUUCCAAGUUGAGGAUCCCUACUGCACUGUCCUGACACAACCUUGUGGUCCUUGGGGCAAUUGGGCACGAUUCAACGUAGCCCGCGGUGGUCCUGCCGCAUUGACAGUUCUUCAACUGCAAGAACGUGGCCGACCAAUUCUGAAGUUGGUGAACGACACGAUUUGCAAGCGUGUCAAGGCCAAACGACAUGUCUUUGUCGAACAGCCCUCUGGAUCCUCAUGGCUUGAUGAGCCUGAACUUGAAGGUGUCAGAGCGUUGAUUCAGUCCGGUGACUUGAUCGUCAUCAAGGCUCAUGGAUGUCAACUUGGCUAUGAAGAUGCUGAUUCUGGACUUCCUCACUUCAAGCCUUCCACUUACGUGACAUCCAUGAUAGCAGCAGAAAGCCUUUUCCAAGAUUCCUCUUGCGAUGGUUCUCAUCAACACCAACACCUUGAAGGAGCCAACUCUCAAGGUCAACGCACUGCCCAAGCCUCAGUUUGGCCUGACAAGCUCAACAAGCGUGUGUUGGAAACCAUCGUGCAACAAGCUGCGAUUGAGCAAGCAGCCCAUGAACAAGCUCAAGAUGCUUUUCCUGCAGAAGUUCGCCGACUUCCUCAAGUCGGAAAGAGUCCUAAAAGAAGGAGGAAAGGACGGGUCACCACCUUGACCAGCCAAUAUGGUGGAGCCCCUCCGGUCUACCUGAGACCAUCUGGACCACUUCAGCCUGCGAUCCAAGAUGGAGAUCCAUUUGCUGAAGUUCCUCCUGACGAAGACGAUGCUGAUGUGAGGGCACGACAAGCCUCUCAACUUGAGCCUUUGCUCCAUCGAGCUGAAACCCAACGACGUGAAGAAUGGCUCAAGAUCGACCCUGACAUCCGCAAGAUUCUCAGAACUUUGCAUGUCAACUUCGGCCAUCCCACCAACAUCACCUUGCAGAGGAUUCUCCGCCGACAAGGUGCAAAACCAGAAGCAGUUGCUGGUGCCGAGUUGUUGUCAUGCGACGCUUGCGGUGAAAGUAUCAGAAGGCGACGUCCCAAACCAGUUCGCCUUCCCAACAAGUAUGUCUUCAACAACCACUUGCUUGUAGAUGUUUUCUAUGGAAAGGACAUUGAGAACGAGUCUUUUUGCUUUCUCAAUGUGAUUGAUGAUGCGACUGGAUUCCAAGUUGUCAGCUGUCUUGGAACUGUUCGUGGCCCACCUGCGUCCAAAGCUGUUCUCAGGCAUUUUCUGACGUCAUGGACUUCAUGGGCAGGCCUCCCUCAGUCGAUCCAAGCUGACUUGGGGAAAGAAUUCAUGGCUGAUUUCACUGCCUACAUGAAACAGUUUGGCGUUGAAACUGAGAACAUGCCGCUCGAAGCCCCAUGGAAGAGCGGAAAAGUUGAACGAGCCGGUGGCCUAUGGAAGGACAUCCUCCUGCGGACUGUCCAUGAGAUGCAGCUGCGUGGUCUGGACGACAUGAUCCUCGCCACGUCCAUCAUCACUCAAUGCCGCAACUCCUUUCCCAGAAGCAACGGCUACUCGCCGAACCAAUGGGUUUUAGGCCAACCAGAAAUCAGACUGCCUGGCUCACUUUUGAGCGACGAAGAAUCCCAGCGUUUGGAGAUUCUUGAGGCCGCUGAAGACCCAAAGUCAGCAAUGGCCAAAACUUUGAGUAUCAGAGAAGCCGCAAAAGUUGCCCAGAUCAGACUUGACACUGACUCUCGUGUGCGACGCGCUUUGCUUCACCAGUCCACACCUACGAGAGGGCCUUUUCCUGUGGGAAGCUAUGUUUACUUCCUCCGGCUUCAGAUGCCCAAAGGCAGUCGACGAAACUACAAAUGGUUUGGUCCAGCCCGAGUCAUUGGCUGCGAGCUCAGAUCUCCCACUCGACUUCAAGAUGAUGAAGAGCUUCCCACCGAUGGUGGACAACCCAGAAGCUAUUGGCUCAGGUAUGGUUCAUCAGUUGUUUUGGUGACAGGUGAACAAUUGCGUUUUGCCAGUGAAGAUGAGCUGAUUGCCGCUCACACAAUCCCACAAGAAGUUUUGGAGCCUGAAUAUGCACGAGGAGCAAGAAACUUUGUUGACCUGCGAGGUCCACUUGCUGUCCCUGCUCAACCUGAAGAUCAAGGACCUCUUGCACUACCAGCUCCAACAACUGGACCACCUGUCCUACCUUUUCCUGCGACUGCCGAUGAACCACAGUCUCCUGGAUACUCUCCCAGCGAGUUUGCACCUGAUGCUGAAGGAGAUCAACCCAUGCAGCCGACUCCAACAGUGAAUGAUGAAGUUCCUCAAGCUCCUGCUGAUCCUCCUGAUCAGACAAUGGGUCACGAUGACCAACCGCAACAACCUGCCCAUGGCCGGCAGAUGAGCACGAUUUCUGGAAACCCUGAACCAGAACCACAGCCAGUGAACACACCAACAGGUCAGGCACAACUUGGACUUGGACUUCAGCCUGUACCUGUCCCCUUUCUUGCACCUCAGACUGGCAACCUCCAAACAGCACUUCGAGAUCCAGAUCGUCUUGAUGGCUAUCGAGCUGUCCAAAGACAACAUGGUCAACAGCCACAGCGACCUUACUUUGUAGAAGACGAUGAUUUUGAGUGCGAAACAAUGCCUUCCGUUUUGAAGGGCAAGCGUUUGGAGAAGAUGCUCAACUUUGAGGAUGAGGCGUUUUCCCCAUCCCAGUCAGAAGAAGAGCAAGAACAAUGUUUUGUGGAAGUUUUUCAAGGGCCAGGUGAUGUUUUUCUCACUGGAAAAGCUGUGCGAUCUGAGAUUUCUUUGAAAGAUCUUUCACCAGAAGAUCGUGCCAAGUAUGAUGUCAGUAUGGCGAAAGAGUGGUCAUCCUGGCAAAAGUUCAAUGCUGUGGAAGUCCUUUCACCUCAGCAGAUUGAGGACCUGCCCGAAGAUGCCAAGAUCAUCGGGACCAGAUGGGUCCACACUGACAAGAACCAGAAAAAGCGCCUCAUGUCUGCCGCUCUUCAAGGCAGAACUGGAAAGUCACAAACUCAAAUUCAGAAAGAGUUUCCACUGGAAGCGAAGAGCCGUUUAGUUGUCCAAGGUCACCAAGAGACCGACACAGGUAUCAGAAGCGAUUCACCAACGGCCAGUCUUCUUGCUUUCAAUUUGGUUUGUGCAGUUGCUGUUAUUCAGAAGUGGAUUGUCAUGGUUUGUGACGCAUCCACUGCCUAUCUCCAAUCAAAUGGCAUCAGCCGCUUGCUGCUGCUCAGGCCACCGAGACCACCUCCUCCUGGAAUUUUGCCUCAUGAUCUUCUUCGAGCUCUUGGCUCAAUUUAUGGUACCAAAGAUGCUGGCAGAGCUUGGUGGAAGAAGCUCUACAAAACCCUGAGGUACUACAACUGGAUCAUGUCGCGCCUUGAACAUGCGCUCUUUUUCCUGGUGGUCGAUGGAAAACUUUGUGGCAUUCUCAUCACACAUGUCGAUGAUUUGUUUUGUGCUGGAGAAGGUAAACAGUUUCAUGAUUCCAUUGAGGCCAUGCAAAAGGUUGACCAGUACGAUGCCAUCGAGGCGAUCGACUACAUGGUGCUUGCCGCUGACCGGCGCAAAAUGGUGAACAGCCCCUUGACGGAGGCAGAGCAGUCUUUGUUCAGAGGCCUCAUAGGCCAGAUGGGUUGGGUCACUCGCCAGUCUAGGCCAGACCUCAUGGUGAAUGUUAGCGUUGCAGCCCAAAGCAUGAGUUCCCCAAAAGUGAAGGAUGUGAUCAAUUUGAACAAAGCAGUGAAAGCCCUCAAAGAGAGCUACGAAGCCAAAUGGAAUUUCAUCUACAGCGACGAAAUGACUCUGGAGAAUUGCUGCGUUUUCGUUUUUGCUGACAGCAGUUUUGCGAAUGGCGAAAAUUUGAAGUCCCAGUGCGGCUUCAUCACUGGUCUUUCUGUUUCUGCACUGGAGGAUGGAUCCUCCUGCCCCAUCAUGAUCCUAGAGACGUAUUCAGGUAGCAUCAAAAGAGUUUGCCGCAGUACUCUGGCUGCUGAAUCAAAUGGAUUUUUGAAUGGAGUUGAAGCUGGGGACUAUUUGAGGACCCUGCUGAUGGAGAUCACGCAUCCAGGUGAGAGACUUUUAGAUUUAGAUCUUCAGUUCGUCAAAAGCAAACUGAUGUGCUUCACGGACGCCAAAAGUCUGGAACAGACGCUCAACCGUGAUGCAGGUCAGCCAACUGACAAACGUGUCCGCAUUCUCGUGUCACAAGUGAAAGAACUGAUAGGUGAAAACACAUAUGAAGAUGACUCUGAUGCUUUUGCAAUCUGGACGGACACGUCCCAAAUGCUAGCUGAUGUUCUCACCAAGCUUGGUUGCGAAAGGGAAUCCCUUUUGCAUGCGUUAGAAUGUGGCCGAUGGCAGUUGGAGCCCACAGAGCAGGCCAAGCUGCGCAAGGUAGAAAUCAGAGCUGGCAGACAUGCCAGAAAAGCUGCCAAGAGGGCAGCCAGCAUUUCCAAUCCUGUUGUGGCUGAGGGCGCCCUUUUCGGAUCAAAAGAGCUGCUGUCUCUCAGCUUCGCCGCAA